UACCCCCGGGCUUUUGCACAUGAUACUCUCCAGACCAGAGAUAUUAGUGACGCCUCGCACAAAGUUGGCAACAUGAAAACAAGAAUUCUCUGUCUGCAUGGAAUUGGAACAAAUUCCGAGAUAUUUGAAACACAAACCACGACAUUGCGGUACCGGUUGGGUGACGAAUUCGAUUUUGACUUCGUUGGUGGGAAUCAUCCAUGGCCAGCUGCUCCAGGCAUUGCGGAGGUAUUUGGGUCAGAUGAAAUCUGCUAUUCCUAUUUUGAUGGAUCGGCAUUGGGGGCUAUAUCGACAAUUGAAGACCUUGCGAGUUACGUGGUCGAGAAUGGGCCAUUUCAUGGUGUCAUGGGAUUCUCGUUGGGGGCCGCGUUGGCAGUAACUUUGCUGCUCAACAGUACUAAGGUUGGAUUCGUGGAGCCGCCAUUCAACUUCGCAAUUUUACUCUGCAGUGUUCUUCCUUGCGAUUGGGACGCACUUCAAUCUGGAGAAGUCAAGUUCUUGGACCCCACUCAAGUCACUCCCAUCGAGAUACCAACCAUCCAUUUCUGGAGCCCCAAAGAUGUGGUAUUUUCAAGUGAAAGUCAGCUUGUAGUGGAGAUGUGUGAUGCGGCUAGUCGUGUGAAUUUGCAGCACCAAGCUGGGCAUAAUAUGCCGGCUCGGCCGAGCGAGAUCGAUGAGCUAGCACAGGCGAUUCUCGAACACUCUUUAACCAUGUCAACUCAAGAUACGUUCCCAGAUGGGAUCAGUCACGGUCACGUGAUAUACAUAGGCGUGACAGCGACGAUGACUUUUCUCUCAACGGUUGCAGUCAUACUACGUUUUACCUCCCGAAUGCUGACUCUAACGGUCAAGUGGGAUGACUGGGCCUGCCUUGGUGCACUUAUAGUCACAUAUGGGUUUCUGAUAUGUGGAGUAAUUCUAGCCACUGAGUGCCAUGCUGGAUAUCAUGUUUGGUUAUAUAGUUUAUCAACAUUGGAAAAAUACAUGCAAACCGAUUUGGCCCAGGAGGUGCUCUACAAUGUUAGUAUCGCACUCUCAAAGGUGUCCAUGCUCCUAUUUUACCGCCGCAUUUUCACUAUCCGAAAGCCAUUCCGUAUUGCGACGUGGAUUGUGGCAUUCAUGAUCUUUGGCUACCUUAUAUCGGCUGACUUUGGUUUGAUAUUUGCGUACAACCCAGCUCAAGCACAGUGGAAAUUAUGGAUACCUUCCACCACCAUUGAUCUAGUGCCAUUCUACUUAGCCGAAGGAUCAAUCAAUAUUGUGCUGGAUUUCAUCAUCUUGUGUCUUCCACAGCCACUAAUCUGGAAGCUCAAGUUGGGCCCUAAACAGAAAUUGCUUUUGUCUGGGAUCUUUUGUGUUGGAGCCUUGUAA